AUGCAAGGAACCAUCAUUACGGAGAGACAUUUAAAUCGGAUAUUGAGAGCCAAGUCGCUUUACAGACGUAAGUACGACCUGGACGCAGGGAUAGAUUUUAUUGUAAACCAACUGCAAGGGCCUGGGAAGGAUCACGGUUAUCGGUGGAUGUUUACAAAGUGCAAACAACACGGCAUUGCGAUCAGGAAAGAAGACGUCAGGAUCCUCAUCUCUUUACUGGACCCAGUAGGUUCCCAGGUUCGCCAGACCAGACGUCUCAGAAGGAGGCAAUAUUUUGCUCAGGGGCCUAACUUUGUGUGGCACAUAGACUCUUAUGACAAACUGAAGCCGUAUGGGAUAUGUAUUAAUGGAUGCAUCGACGGUUUCUCACGCAACAUCAUUUGGCUGCGGGCCGCACACACUAACAGUGACCCAAAGGUUAUCGGAGGUUACUUUGUGGAAGCAGUGGAGAGUCGUGGGGGGUUCCCCAGGCUCGUACGAACUGACAUGGGCACUGAGAACGUGUUGGUCAGAGACCUCCAGCGUUAUUUACGGAGAAAUGACGGGGAUGAUAGAGCAGGAGACAGAAGCUACGUCACAGGAGCAAGUACCGCAAACCAGAGAAUUGAGAGCUGGUGGGGAGUGAUGAGAAAAGAAGGAGUCGAGACAUGGAUCACGCUUCUAGGAGAACUGAAGGACGAAGGAUUCUUCUUUGGGGAUUUCAUUGACAAAGCUCUGUCACAGUUCUGCUUCAUGCCAAUCAUUCAGGAGGUAUUGAAUGACAUCCGGAGUGUUUGGAAUGCUCACUGUAUAAGGCCCUCAAAGAAUAACAACGUGCCCUGUGGGAUACCUGAUGUCAUGCACAUGGCCCCUCACCUUUGGGGUGCAGAAGACUGUCUCGUUCCACUGACAGAAGAAGAUGUCCCAGGCCCUUGAUUUAUAUUUUCAUCUCAGGGAUACAGUUCGUUCACAGUUAUUUGAGGCUACUUAAAUGGACACAAACAUACAAAUGUAGUACAUUUUGUACUUUAGUACGUAUUCCUACAGCUUAAUGUACUUAUUAUUAAGUAAUUAUUUUUCUCCAGUGUGUAUUUAUCUUGUCUUUGUAUCAAAAUUAUCAGAAAAGACUGUAUAACAUAAUUUUCCUGUUAUCCAUGUCAGUAAAUGAACUCAUCAUGGACUGUUGCUUGCUCUUGGUAGCUACAAAGCGUGGAGUAUUAAACUAAAAUAUGAUACAGGUUAGAAAAAAAUAAAUCCUUUUGGGAUUGAGUUAAACUUAUCACAC